GGAAAUAAACGGAGUCACCCUCUUAAACGACUAGUUGGACUGAUUGUCACUCCUUGGUGACUAAACUCAUAUCAUAAGUACCCUUCAACUUUUAAAGUAUAUUUUCGAAAAACAUGGGACAUGAGAGUCUCUAUCACACAAUAUAGAGGUACCUCCAAGCAAUUUUUUUUGAAGAUCUUGUAGAUUCAUCAAGAUUAGCCUAAUGAACGCGUCAUGCUGCAUUAUUCCCAAGCUCUAUAGGUAAUAUGGACUAUUGCGAUCUUCAGAAGUCGGAGUUGAACCGGAACUGUUGUUCCCAGCAUUUGGCAGAGGGAGCGUUCGCAAAUGGUGAAGAAAAAUAAUAACAAAGUUGGAAAAAAGAUGGAAUCCAAACGCGUAUAUCUCAAGAACACGCUAGCAAGGCUACUGGACAAUUGCAGGAACAUGAAGGAACUCAAACCGAUUCAUGCCCAGAUCAUAGCAUCCCCUUUCCUGUUAACAACUGAUCGUUAUUACCUCAUUUCUCGCCUCAUUUUCUUUUGCACCGUCUCAAACUCUGGCUCUCUCAGCUAUGCCGACAGUGUUUUCCGAUUCAUCUCCAACCCGAGUUUGUUUGCUUACAACGCCAUGAUCAGAGCUCACGCUUCCAAGAACAGUGACCCGGCUUCUUGCCAAGCUUUAGUUUUGUAUAAAAGAUUGUUACUUGAUGGGUUUACACCGGAUUUUAUUACGUUGCCCUUUGUGUUGAAAGAAUGUGUUAAGAGGGCCAAUGGUGGUUUUUCUGGUCAAAGCAUCCAUUCUCAUGUUUUCAAGUUCGGAUUUCACUGUGAUGUUAUUGUUCAGAACUCAUUGAUCAGUUUGUAUUCUGGAUGUGGGCUUAUGGACAGAGCAGUACAGGUGUUUGACGAAAUGUCUCACAGAGAUAUUGUGUCAUGGAAUUCGAUGAUCGUUGGGUAUUUGCGAAACAAGCAGCUUGAUUUCGCCAUGGAUCUUUUCACGAAAAUGACAGAGACGAAGAACAUCAUCACAUGGAAUUCAAUGAUCACAGGGUUUGUUCAGUGCGGUAAAGGAAAGGAGGCUCUGGAUUUGUUCCAUGAAAUGCAGAUUUCUAGUGAUGAUAAAAUCAUCCCGGAUAAAAUCACAAUGGCUAAUGUUAUUACGGCUUGUGCAUCUCUUGGCGCUAUUGAUCACGGGGAGUGGGUUCACGGCUUCCUAAAAAGAAGCAAGAUUGAAUGUGACACUGUGAUUGCUACUGCUUUAGUGGAUAUGUAUGGGAAAUGUGGUCGCGUUGACAAAGCAUUCCAAGUUUUUAAGGAAAUCGAAAGGAAGGACGUUUUGGCGUGGACUUCCAUGAUUUCGAUCUUCACCCUCCAUGGAAAUGCCAAAAGAGUCUUUGAGCUUUUCAAAGACAUGGAAACUGCAGGUGUAAAGCCUAACCACGCAACCUUUACUUCGUUGUUAUCUGUUUGUGCCCAUUCUGGGCUAGUUGAGAAAGGUCAUUGGGUUUUCAAUGCAAUGAAGAGUCUUUAUUCUCUAGACCCACAAGCUCAACACUAUGCUUGUUUCGUUGAUCUUUUGGGUCGGGCCGGGCUGUUCAAUGAGGCUGAAGGGCUUAUCAGAAGUAUGCCAAUGGAGCCCGAUGUGUUCGUGUGGGGAGCACUACUUGGUGGGUGUCAAAUCCAUAGGAAUUUUGAACUUGGAGAGAAGGUCGCUAAGCAUUUGAUUUCCCUGCAACCUCUGAACCAUGCUUUUUAUGUCAAUCUUUGCGAUAUUUAUGGAAAAGCAGGCAAGUUUGAUGACGCAAAGAGAGUGAGAGCUGUGAUGAAUAGCAAAGGAAUAUCAAAAGAAGCUCCCGGGCUCAGCAUGAUUGAAAUUGAUGGGGUUGUUCAUGAAUUUUCUGCAAGAGGAUCUGCUGAGGUUGUUUUGCAAGAAAUAAAGCCUUUAUUGGCUGCCUUAAGUUGUCUCAAUUCAUUCCUGAUAUCAUUCGAUGCUAUAGCAGUGGAGGCUGCACUAUUGUUUUCACUGAAACUAAGGAUUAUGCUUCUGAACUUGCUCCGUUGUUAUCCGAUGCUCGUCCUUUACAUGGUGAUAUUCAACAGGCCCAACGUGAGGUUACACUUUCAGGAUUCUGACUAGGUCAGUUCACGACCUUAGUCGCGACGAAUGUGGCUGCUCGCAGAUUGGACAAUGACGUUUUGCUUGCAAUUCAGAGAAGCUGCUGAAGAAAUUGCGGCAAUCUUU